AUGACUGUGUUAGUUGUUCCGUGGAACGAGGUCUACUGUGACUGGUACUUUACACUGGGUCAACAUUCAAGACGCUUAAGAGGAAACUUGGAAGUGUUCAAGAAUGGGAGGGUCAUUCAGUCUGGGUCUAUUUUGGUCGUUCAAUUUCCAAGUCUAGUUCUUGGGGUGGUGGGGAGGGCCGGAGGGAUUGCUUUAUCUGGGGUUCGUGAUGGAAAGAUCUCCCAACUUGAGCAUGUAUUCAUUCGAGGCCGCAGAGUCAGGUUUAUGAUUACACCAGAUAUGCUGAAGAAUGCUCCAAUGUUUAAACGUCUAGAUGCCAGAAUUAAGUGCAAGCGCACAUCACUUGGAGUUGGUUGUGGUCGUGCUGUAGCAAUGCGGGCAAAGGCACAGGCUACUGGCCGUGGUACUGCUGGCAGAGGAGUUGUGCCACCAGUGCGAAGGUAAAAAUCUGUCGGAUAGCAGGUCCAACUAGUCAACGUUCAGAGUCUUGCUGCAUCAGUGUAAUUAUACGAGGAUUUUGGUUUUCAGGCUGAAAUUUCUGUUUUGUAUCUGAGUAUAUACCUGAACCCUAGAUGUAAUUUGAUUUCAGAAUGGCAAUAUCUAGCUUAUUUGUUCUCAA